AGGAAAGCAGAUGGCAGCAUGGACUCCAGGCGGGCAGCAGUGCUACUGUUGCUGCUGCUGUUAGUAACAGACUGGGGCCAUGCAGAAGGACCAGGGCGCCGUGGCGAAGGAGACCAGGUCUUCUGGGAGGAAGACAGUGGAGCCCUCCCACCGCAGGAUGCCCAGACCCCAGGGUCACUCUUGCGCUCCCUGCUCCAGGCCAUGCAGCGACCUGGCCGGAGUCCAGCCUUCCUGUUUCAGCCCCAAAGGUUUGGCAGAAACACCCGGGGCUCCUGGAGCAACGAACGGCUGAGUCCCCGAGCCGGAGGGGCACUGAGCUCCCCAUUCUGGAGCCUGGCUGCCCCUCAGCGCUUUGGGAAGAAGUGACAUGUCAUCCUUUGAUGGUUGCAUGCAAGGUUCACACCCCAAAAGUGCCCUGUGUCCCCCCAAAAUAAAGCUGACUGGCCUCUGAA